AAGGCCUUUCUUUUUUUCUGUCUUGAUCUUUCUCUCUCUUUCUUCUUCUUCUUCUUUCUUUCUCUCUAUCUUUCACCAUGGCUAGAUACAGCAUAAGAUCAAACAUGGUACUAGAGCAUUUCCCUUCAUUAGUGGCGAAUCUAGUUGUUAAUGGUGCUGGCACUUCCUCCUCCAAUCCUCAAGCAGCUCAAACAAUUCACAAUCCUUCAGCGACUCCAUGGAAUAGAACUCAAAAUCUAUUAAGUGUCUCCAAAUUCGCUCUUGACAAUAAUGUCUUCUUUGAAUUUCAUGCUAAUGUUUGUUAUGUCAAGGACCAGGUUACCAGGGACACUCUUCUGACUGGGACUCUCCACAAUGGCAUGUAUACUUUUGAUCUAGGUCAGUUCAAGAUGUUUCCCCUUUCUCAAUCUUCUCUCAGAAAAGAUGUUCAAUCCUCAAGCUUAAAGUCUGUCUUUACUGUCACCAAUUAUUCAGAUGCUUUAAAGUCCAACUCAAUUUCAUGUCCUCACUGUUCUAAGUCUCCUAUUUUAGACUUUGAAUUGUGGCAUAACAGACUUGUUCACUCUCUCUUCCUAAAUCCUUUAUUCCCAACUGAACUACCUGCUCUUGUUGUUUCUUGUAUGAGCAUUCCUGGUUUGCCUAUUGGUGAGUGUUCCACUAAUACUCAAAAUGCUCCCAUCCCAUCACUGUCUUUUAUGAUUCCCCUUGACAAUCUGUCACAAACUGGUAUAUAUGCCUUAACCUGAUCAAUCCAUUCAUGCUAAUCUUCAUAAUCUUGAUCAACUUCACAUUCCCAUGUCAUCCCCACCCACAUAUUUUGCAAACCAGUCAGGUCCCAAUUCAACAAAUUCUCAGACUGUUGUUCUAUCCCUGCCAUUUAACACUAUUGCACUCUAAUAUCUCAUAUUUGCUUAUGAGGGAGAUCAUGUUCCUAAUCAAUAACUAUAUCGAUCUAUUGUUGGAACACACUAAUAUCUCAAUAUUACACGCCAUGAAAUUUCUUACAGCGUGAAUAAAGUGUGCCAGUGACCCUGAUGAUAAACAGUCUACAUAAACUUUAGUGAUGCUCAUUGGGCCAGUAUCACAUGGAUUUUUAAACCACUCCUAGAAUUCAAAGUCACUACCUUUAGUGAUGCUCAUUGGGCCAGUGACCCUGAUGAUAAACAGUCUACAUCUAACAUUUUCUUAUUUUUUGGCUCCAAUUUGAUUGCCUGAUAGUGUAAGAAACAACACAAAGUCUCACGAUCGAGUAUUGAAGCUAAAUAUCACAGUGUUGCUCAAGUAGUGUCAGAACUUACAUGGCUCCAUCCUCUGCUUUUAGAAUUGCAAAUUUGACUUGCUAGACCUCCAGUUCUAUGGUAUGACAACCUUAGUACUAUUUUAUUAACAGCUAACCUAGUGCUACAUGCUAGAACAAAGCAUAUUGAGUUGAAUCUGUACUUUGUUUGAGAAAAGAUCUAUCAGCAGUUGGUUCUUGUUCAUCAUGUCCCUGCUUCUGACCAGGUUGUCUAUGGCUUGACCAAGACUCUCUCUAGUUCUCGUUUUGAUGUGUUUUUUUAAAAAAACUUGGAGUUGAUGUAUGCACCAAUUCCAUACAUUAACUCCAAGUUUGGGGGAAGUGAGAAUGAGACUAGUCUGUUAAGACAGUUAGAGUUUGUUACAAUGUUAGUUACUGUUGGUUAGUUGUUAGUUGAGUUUUACAGCUAUCCAUUCUUUGUAACAACUUGUAUAUAUACAUUGUCUUUCUCUCGUAAUAAACAUGAGGUUUUUCUUUCUGUUUUGAUCUUUCUCUCUCUUUCUUCCUCUUCUUCUUUCUUUCUCUUUGUCUUUCACCAUGGCUAGAUACCACACAAGAUCAAACACAUAUAUACAAAUUAAUACAUGGAUUAGAUGAGUAGCAUGACCACCUCUUUCUACAUAUAAUAUAAUAUAGAAGCGUUGCUUAAAACUACUGCAAGGUGGCAUUUCAUGUGGGAUCUAAUGUAUGCACCAAUAGUAAUAUGACAUCAUCUGUAAUGCUAAUCUUUUAGCAUUGUCAUAAUAUAAGGUUACUGUCAAAUAUAAUAUAACACGUGGCUUGUAUUUUAUAGUGAAUUCAAGUAUUGUAUAUAUUUUUUUUUACGUAUAACCUAGUUAAUAAUUAAUUUAAUCAAAAAUGUAUAUUUCAGGUUAGGUGCAAAAACCCUCAACUUUGCAACUAUGAUGGGGUCAAUAUAGUAGUGAGUGAUUAUGGAGAAGGAGAUAGAACUGACUUCAUUAUGAGCCCACGAGCUUUUUCAAAGUUAGCUAUUCCAAAGUCAGAGAAGAAGUUGACGAGCUAUGGUGUUGUUGAAGUUGAAUACAAAAGGAUCUCUUGCAAGUACCAAGGCCGCAUUAUUAAUAAUAAUAUUAGUGUCAUAACCUACAAGAUAAAUGAACACAGCAAUUAUCCUUACUACUUAGCUUUAACUCUUUUAUAUGUUACUGGCCAAAACGACAUCGCAAGAGUUGAAUUGUGGCAUAAGGACACCAAAAAAUGGAAGGCCAUGCGUAGAGCAUUUGGAGCAGUUUGGGAUAUGGCAAAUCCACCAAGUGGGCCCAUUACAUUGAGGUUUCAAGCUACAACCAAUUUAGGCUAUACUUAUUGGAUUCAUUCUACCAAUGCUAUACCAAAGCUUUGGAAGGCUGGGGCUGCUUAUCACGCCAAUGUUAAGCUCAUCAUCACUAAUUAAUAAAAUUAAAAUCACAUUAGAUUAAUGCAUAUUAAAGUCAUAUAAAAAAAUGCAUAUAUAUUAAAUUGUGUUUAAUUAUUUAUUGUGUGUUGUUAGCUCCUUCCAUUUUAUCGCUUAAAAAUGAAUAUCGGUUGGCCUGGCUUUUAUUUUUGUACAAUAAAGAUACAUCAUCAAUAAAUAUUUAUUCCUUU